AUGCAGGGUUUGUCUUAUGAUUUUCGUAUAGCAAAUGACUUGUUCGAUAUUUAUGUUAAAAAUGGCGAAUUGGAGAAGACAGAAGCUGUUUUGAAUUCUGGUAUUGAGAAAGGGGGUACUCCUAAGUUUCAUACAUGGUAUUGUUUAAUGAUCGGGUAUAUCGAGGAUGAUCAAGUCCUAAAAGGUGUCGAAGCAUUAAAGAAUGCAGUAUCGAAUUGUUAUGUUUCGCCUUAUGAGGAACCCGUUAAGGAUAAGUUAGCGAUCGUUAUGGAGUAUUUGGAAAGAAAGCGUAACGUGGAGGAAAUGGAGGGAUUUAUGAAGUCGUUGGUCGCGGAAGGUGUCGUUUCUUCAACUGUAUGUGCGCGACUCUUCGAUUUCAUCACGAACAUGACUUCAUAA